CUGGAGCGGGUCGAGCCGCGUCUCUCCCGCCGCUCGGAGCCAUGGUUCUCCCCGGCUGUGGACACGAAGCCCGGCAGGAACCUGGAGGAGUUCCCCGGCGCUGCCCCCAGCCCCUGGAGGAGCGCGCCGAGCCGAGACACCCGGGACUCCACGGUCCAAGAGCGGAUCACCCCACAGGUGAAGACAUGCCAUGUGUCUCCCGGUGAAAGCAGUUCCUUCCCUCCAGACGUGUUGCCUCCAGAAAACCAGGCAGACCAGGGCUGCCACACCCCAGCCCUUGGAACCAUCAUCCCAAACCGGAUUUUUGUUGGGGGGAUUGACUACAAGGUCAAUGAGAGCGACCUGCGACAUGUUUUCUCCCAACACGGUGUCGUUAAAGAGGUGAAGAUUGUGAUAGAUCGCUCAGGAUUGUCAAAGGGAUAUGGGUUUGUUACAUUUGAAACUCAAGAAGAAGUUCUGAAAAUCCUGAAUAAUGCUAAUGGAAUUUGUUUAAAAGAAAAAAAGCUCUGCAUUGGUCAGGCUUUUCGAAAACAUCAAUCUGCAGGACAAACUAAAAACGCCUCCCUGGCCCACCCUGAACCCGCUGUGCCUCAUCAGAUUUCCUGUGGGACUCUGUACCUGACCACAUCCACCGGCUAUCCCUAUACUUACCAUAAUGGAGUGGCUUAUUUCCACUGCCCCAACAUGAACCCUCCGGCCCACCACUGUUCACCAGCCCCGCCACUGAUGCUGUCUCCGUCCCGCCAGCCCGUUCUCCAGCCGCCAGCGUUCCCCCAGUACCAGAGUGUCCCAAACCACUGCCAGUGGAGUUCAGUCCAGGUGCCCUCCAGUACAGCCGUGUACUCCCAGCAGUCAGAGGUUUUUUAUCAGACUGCUGAUGGAAGCUCUUUCCAACCUUGCAUGGAGGAAAACACGCCAGAGUUUGUGGAUCCCACAUUCCUUCACGUUUACCCGGGAAUGACCCCGGUGGCUCUGCAGUGCGACCCUGGGAAGAAUCUGAUGUUCCCACCGCCGCGAGUGCAGCUGAAGCCAAAGUACCACCGCCACAUGCCCCACAGGGACUUCCACUUCCUGCCAGAGUCCACAGAGUCACCCGACGCCGUCAUGUUUCACAGCCCUCCGCCUCUCAUGUAGGCAGCCCUCCAUACCUCCCGCACUCAGCACCAUGGACGCCCCCUCAGUCCCUCCUCUCCUCCGUGAGCUUAACACAGAACUUUUCAGCAAGAUGCAGGUACGCAAUCUCACGAGAGACCUCCCGCCCUGAAAGUCUGACACAGCUCCAUCAAGCCAGCUCAUUGUCCCCCCCGUGCCUUCUAUUCAGAGGGUUGCUCCUCUUUGUUGUUUUUUUUUGCUUUCACCUCUUUAAAAGAGAAAAGUUUUAUGUGUUCUCACAGAAAACGCUUCAUGCCAAAAACUUAAGGAUUGAUUUCCAUUUGUUUCCGUCUGACUGAGGUUGGCCUCUUGAUGCAGAGUCACACAGCUUCAGACGGUUUUGCAUCACCUACCAUGACGGCAGCGCCUGCAGGCGUGCCCCUCCGGCUGACCGGUCCACAUUAUAGCAGCUAUUAUGGGUUCUUAACCGCCUCAUCAGUGCUGGGCUCUUCAGGAUCCUUUAACCCGCUGUGAGUGGGUCGCCCUUUCCUUUUAGAGUAUGGCUUAGG